AUGGCUUCAGUCCAGUCGUCUAUAUCCCGGUAUGGCGAGCCCACUCCCUCCAUGACGUCCAAACGAGAAACAAUGGACCUUACAGGAAGCGUCUACCUCAUCACUUCUGAUGGAGAGACUAUCAAACUCCCCAUACCCACAAAGUCCCGUCGCGAUCCACUCAACUGGGGAAUGUGGAAACGAGUAUGGGCGUUCGCAGCUCUUCUCUUGUCUGCUAUUUCAAGCUUUGGUGUGGUUCAAGUCGUGAGCUUAGUGCUUCAACCACUUGUUCUUGAGUAUCCUUAUGAGGAAACGAAACCAUUUGAUAUUACCAUCCUCCAGUCAACACCAACCCUUUUCAUGGGUCUGGGGGCCUUCAUCUGGAUUCCACUAUCCCUCGCCGUCGGUCGACGACCAGUUCUUUUACUCUGUUCUCUUAUUGUACUUAUAACUACAAUUCUUGCUGGCUUCUUGAAAGAUUUCUACCCACUAAUGACCGCUUUAUGUCUUCAAGGACUAGCAGCGGGUGCAUGGACAAGUUUGGCGAUCCUUGUUGUCAUCGACCUCACUUUCAUUCACCAACGUCCUAUCGCCAUUGCUAUGAUCUGGUCGCUCGUCGGUGCCGCCGACAUGUGCAUGCUAUCCGCCCUGCCUUUCAUGGCAGAUGCUAUGGCCAACUGGAGGGUCUUCUACAUGAUCUGGACUGGCCCUGCCGCCCUCGCCUGUCUCGCAGUCUUCUUCCUCUUCCCUGAGACCUAUUUCGUCUGGCCGGCAGUGGCUUUUGACGGGCGAAUCAUAGUCCAGAGCGCAACCGAAAAAAUCAAACUAUAUGACUCCUGGGAAGAAGUUCCCGGUGGCAAAGAUCUUCCAGAAACUCCAGGCUGGAGCAGAUACGACCUGAAGGUCUGGGGAACCACAAAAGGCGGCUGGAAAGCCAUGCGAGCCUGCUACCCACAGAUCCUACUCUGUAUCCUCAACCCUCUCGUCUUCUGGGUAGCUGUCCUCGAAGCUCUCGUCUUCGGAAGUAUGCUCUCCAUCGGCGAGACCUACGCCACAGUUCUUCUCGCUCCCCCUUACUCUCUCCCUAUUCAUAUCGUCGCACUCGUCAACAUGGCCGGGGCAAUCGGCUCGCUCGCUGCCUGGCCCGCAGCUGGUCUCCUGGUCGUCACUAUAACUCGCCGCCUGUCUAUGAAGAACAGGGGCGUUCGCGACGCAGAGUAUUACCUCCCAGCUUUCAUUCUCCCCGUCCUCGCAGCCGCCGCCAGCGUCGUAGUCUACGGUCUCGCCGUCCAGCGGAAGUGGCAUCCCGUCUGGAUAUACUUCUCCUACACGCUCAACUCAUUUGGUUUCGCUGGUCUCGCGGCUGCGAACUCGCUGUGGGUGACGGAGGCGUUUCCGAGGUGGGCGGCUCCUGCGAUGGUGAUUGUGAGUGGGUUGAGCUACGUGGCUAGCUUUGGGAUUAAUUUCACGAUUGUUCCUUGGGUUAAGAGUCAGGGGUAUGCGGGGCAGAAUUUGCAAUUGGGAGGGGCGAUUUUGGCGGUUGGACUGGUGGCUGUGCCGAUUAGCUUUUGGGGGAAGAGGUUGAGGCAGUAUAUUGAUGGGAAGUGGGCUGUUAAUGAGAUGGGGGCUUUGAGACCGCAGUAG